ACAACACUGGCUAGGUUGUGACCGGCAGCCGAAGAGCGAUAAUAUGGUAACACAGCGUCGCUAUCAGGCUUUGGCUGGCAUUGUUAAACUCACGCGGCUCUCGGCACUUCCGGGUUGUUAUGGCGCUCACCGGAAAAGCAUGAAGAAAACACGAGACUCCGCUGUUGAAUGAUCUUGAACGCACCACGUCUGCCGUGAACAACGUCCAGUUCCGGUUGUGUCAAUCAAUUCAUACCCGGGAAGAAAAAGUAUGAAUCAGAGCAAAAUGCCACAUCAAGAUGUCGAGGAGGUUACAGAACUGGUUUGUCAUGAAGCUGACCUGACUGAUGGCCAGAUGAAAGAAGUAUCUGUGGCGGACCAAAAGGUGUUGCUAGUCCGCACCGAGGGUCGGUACAGUGCAGUCGGAAGCCGGUGUUCUCAUUAUAACGCCCCUCUGGUUAAAGGGGCGCUGGUUGGUAACAAAGUGAGAUGUCCCUUUCAUGGUGCUUGCUUCAGUGUGAAAACCGGAGAUAUUGAGGAGUAUCCAGGUCUGGACUCUCUGCCCUGCUACAAGGUCAACGUACAAGAAGGAAAGGUGUACGUUUCUGUCAACAUAAAGACUUUGACGCUGACAAAAAGAGUGAAGGAAAUGUGUAGCGUAUUACCGCACAUCAACCACACUAUCCUGCUCAUAGGAGGGGGCCCUGCUUCUCUGGUGUGUGCUGAGACGCUGCGUCAGAACUGCUACCAAGGUCGAAUCGUCAUGGUCACUAAAGACACUUUACCGCCGUUUGACAAGCCUAAAUUGAGUAAGGCUUUGAAUGUGGACAGCAGCAGCAUCCUCCUGCGCUCCAGUGACUUUUUUCAACAAUAUGGAAUAGAAGUGCGGACACAGCAAGAGGUGAUGACUUUAAACACACGAGAUAAAGCAGUAAGGAUGAAAGAUGGCACCUUGCUGCAUUAUGAUCAGGUCCUCAUCGCAACAGGCUGCAGAGCGAGACCACUCAGUUGUCCUGGGAGUGACCUGAAAGGAGUUAAGAUACUGCAGAGCUACGAAGACGCUAAAGAGAUUCAUGCUUCCUGCACGGGCCGCAAGGCUGUUGUCAUCGGAGCAUCCUUCAUUGGUAUGGAGGUGGCGUCCUAUUUAGCAGACAAAGCGUCAAGUGUGGCCGUUGUCGGAACCACCAGAUAUCCUUAUGAGCGCUCUCUGGGUUCCGAAAUUGGCCAGAUGACCAUGCAAAUGCUGGAGGAACAUCAUGUGACGUUUUACAUGAACGACAGCAUCGCUGAGAUCAGAGGGGAAAACGGCUCAGUGAAAGAGGUGGUGCUGAAGAGUGGCAUGGUUCUGGAAGCUGACGUGGUGAUUGCAGGAAUAGGUGUGAUUCCCAAUUCUGAUUUCCUCACCGGAAGUGAAGUGGAGGUGGAUUCUAGGAAAGCAGUCAUCGUAGACAAGUUCAUGAAGACCAAAGUAGCGGAUGUUUUUAGCGCGGGAGACGUCACCUCCUUCCCUCUGACUAUUCGAGGUGAUCAGAUGGUCAAUGUUGCUCACUGGCAAAUGUCACAAGCCCAAGGAAGAGUUGCAGCCCUCAAUAUGUUAAAUAAACCAACCAAAAUUGAGUCUGUUCCUUUCUUUUGGACUGUGUUGCUUGGGAAAAGUAUCAGAUACACAGGGUACGGGGAAGGCUACACGGAAAUCGUAUUCAAAGGCAAAGUGGAGGACAGAAAGUUCCUGGCGUUUUAUAUUAAAGAUGACGCGGUGGUGGCAGCAGCCAGCCUGAUGUUUGAUCCCGCUGUGGCUAAACUAGCAGAAUUGAUGGCAACAGGCCAGCGCAUUACAAGAACACAGGCUCAAUCUGAAGACCUCACCUGGCUCCAAGGUGUCUGAUUUGCCUCUCGCUAAGAAAGGAUACCACUGUUGUCCCACCGUUACCAUGACACCAAAAACAUUAGAAUGGAUUGGCGCUCUGUGCAGCCCAUCAAUGAUCUAAUCCUUCAGACUGGCAGGUUACUCCUAUUAUGCACUGUACUGAAGAUACAUCCGUGUACUGUAGGUUUAGCAUCAUGUAAAACAAGAAACGUGCAAAUAAUAAUUUUGUUUACAUUUGUUGUUUGCUUAGUUUAGUCUCAUGUUAAGUGUGUUGUCAAUCUCAUGAUAAUGCUGACAAUUUCAAUAUAUCACUAAUACUCAGGUGGUAAACUGCACCUAUAUUGCAGUCAAUUGUGUUUCAUGAUGAUUAUUUAUUAAAGUGACUAUAAACAAUUGCUUCACUCCAGGUACACUCUUUGUUUCUUUUUUAUGUCAAUUUUGGUGUUUUCGUCACUGUUUUAUCAUCUUU